CUCUCUCUCUUUCUCAGCAUUUUUCAUAAUUUUUUCCCUUUGCAUUCAUGGCACUUCUACGAUAGUACAUUAAAAAUGGAAGAAUUGUGUUCUUUAUGGAAUUAUCAAGAGAAUUUUGAUGAACUGAAACUGAAGCUUCAAUACAGUGCAAUCGAGCUAGAAUCUGUGAAAAUGGAAGCCGAUGAGCAAAUAAGGAAAUACAAGGAGGAGCUAAAACUUAUGCUCAAUCUCCUGAACGUCGCUUACCAAGAAAGAGACGAAGCAAGAGAGCAGUUGCAGAAGCUACUCAACAAGUUAAUCCCUUAUGAAACUCCGUUUAUGAUUGCAGCAAAAACAAACUCCAGCAUAACCGAAUCAAACAGUUUAUCAGACACGUAUAAUAAGCACCACUCCCACGGUUCUUCCCCUGUUGAUUCCUUGUUCGAUGCCGUCACUUCACCAGAUUUCCCCACCAUUAAAAUGACCGAUUCAUGUGGAAUGGGGCUUUUGAAUCAACCCUUUGCGACCGGUUUAUUCCCAUCAAAGUUGAUGACCAAGGUUGUUGAUGUUGAAGCCACUGUGAUCGAUAACCUUGCAAAGGAGAGAACUCUGCCUGAAAAAGGGAAGCUUUUACAAGCUGUAAUGGAAGUUGGCCCUCUUCUUUCGACCCUGCUUGUUGCCGGUCCUCUUCCUCAAUGGAGAAACCCUCCUUCGUACACUUUCAAAAUUCCCCAAGUUUCCAUCAAGGGAUGUGAUUCUAAAAUCCAUAACCAAAAAUCAGUGGCCAACCCGAAUAACCGUGUUGUCCAAAAACGAGUGAACUCGUCAUUGUAUCAAGAAAUGUCUCUUGGGACUCAUCAAAUGUGUUCAUCGGCCAUGUUGGGUUUUACAAGUUGUUGUUCUGCUUCAUGGCCGAGUCAGUCACCCUUGAGUUCAGAUGCUGGUCUUAACACUCGAAUCACAUUAACAAAGCGGCAAAGGUUUUAAUGAGUUUAUCAGAAGCUUUGGCUUCAUUUUUGUAAAGAUUAAAAAUUUGAGGUCGGGAUCGUGUAAAAUCGAUACUUUUUUUAGGGGUUUGAAUUGAAUGGGAUGAUAU